CAAACCACUGUCCCCUCUCUUCUUCUUCCUCCUCUUCGGCUCUUCCCCUCCCUCCCUCCAAUCCAUUAUUAUGUCGUUCCCCACCCUCCGAUAAUUUAUAUAUUUUUUUCUUAUUAUCGGAAGUAGGAAUCUCGGGGAUCUAGGGUUUCUCCUCGCUUUCCCCUUUGUUCUCCUUCUCCUUUAUUCCGUUCCUCGGCUCCUUUCUUCUUCUUCUUCUUCUCUUCGAGGAAUCCAUCGAGCUAUGAAGUCCAUGGUGGAGCCCGCGGCGGCGGCGGCGGAGGAGGCCGAUAAGGAGAAGAAGAGGCGGCGCCGUCAGAAUCGCCGUACCAAGCAGGGCAUCGCUGGCGUUCAAGGCGGAGCUUGUAGUAGUUCGGUGGAUUUAUCUUGCGGUGGUCAAUCGUUGACGGUGCCGAUGGUUGCGUUUAACUCGCUCCCGUCGAUGCGCAUCAGCGAGGCCGGUGAUGGCGCCGGGGUAGCACCGGCGAGCCAAUCGGACGGUGCGGAGAUCUCCCGAUCGUGCCCCUUGCCGAUCUUAUCUUUGCCCGCGGAGGUGGCGGAUUCUGCAGCGAAUUCGAAGGUAGCUGCAAGGAAGCAUUUUGCUCCGCACUGGCCCGACCAGGCUGUAGAGGAGGCACUCAAGAAGGGGAAUGCAUUUGAAGCGAAGUUUCGUGUGAAUCCUCAUAAUCGUGUUGAGGCGUACUGCACCAUUGAUGGUCUACCUGUGGACAUUCUCAUUAGUGGGGCUAAUGCCCAGAAUAGAGCGAUAGAAGGUGAUGUUGUUGCCAUCAUGUUGGACCCUGUGGCUUACUGGACUAAGAUGAAAGGACAAAAUAUACCAUGCAAUACUUCAUCAACAGAAAAUUCUUCCAUCCUCCCUGAAGUCCAAGAAGUAAUGGACAAUAGGUUUACUAGGAAAGAGCAGUCUAAUGCUAGCUGUGCACGCCCAAAUUGUAGUGAUGGCUUGCUUCAGCUGGAAAGGGGGCACUGCUUUCACAAGAAUGGCAGUUUUAGUGAAGCUGUUCAAUGUGAAUGUCGAGAUGAUCCCCAUACAACUACAGGUAACGAGAAAGCACAUCCUGUCAUUAAUGGAAAUUCGCAUGAAAUUGAGCCCCUUGAACUGGGGGAAACUGCAAGAGCUUUAGAAAGGAUUUGCGCCAUGAUAAACUCUCACCCAUGUAAACGCCCUACUGGGAAAGUAUUAUCUAUCAUCAAGAUGUCUCCUCGUCGGGAGGCAGUAAUUGGUUUUCUCACUUAUAAGCCACAGUUCCCUAAUGUGGAAUGUCAUGGAAAGCAUUUUACUGGACAGAGUUCAAAGAGAAAUGAGAAAGCUAGAACUCAUAUAGAUUGCAUGUAUCUAAUUCCUACUGAUCCCAAAUUCCCAAGGAUGGUUGUCAGUGUGAGGAGUCUACCAGAUAGUGUGAAGGAGAGGCUGAAAAAUUGUGAUCAGACAGUAGAAAAGGAAUUGAUUGCUGCACGGGUUGAUGAAUGGAGUGACGAAAAUCUACUUCCCGAAGCUCACAUCAUACAUGUACUGGGGAAGGGUGGAGAAAUCGAAACACAGAUUGGUGCAAUCUUGUUUGAAAAUGCAAUAAAUGCUGCAGAUUUUUCUCCUGAAUCAAUGGCUUGCAUUCCAGAUGCAUCAUGGAAGGUGCCCAUGAAGGAGCUUGAAACUAGAGAGGAUCUCAGAAAUGUUUUGACUUUUACCAUAGAUCCUUCUUCUGCCAUCGACCUUGAUGAUGCUUUAUCUGUUGAAACAAUUUCAGAUGGAAGAAUUCGUGUUGGCGUUCACAUUGCAGAUGUUUCAUACUUUGUUCGCCCAGAUACAGCCCUAGAUACUGAAGCUCAAAUUCGAUCCACAAGUGUUUAUAUCUUACAACAUAGACUACCAAUGCUGCCACCAGAACUAUCUGGAGUAAGUUCACUAUCUCCCGGGCUAGAUAGGCUUGCUUUCUCGAUUAUCUGGGACAUUGAUCGUCAUGGAAACAUAAUAGAUCGUUGGAUUGGGCAAUCGGUGAUUUCUUCAUGCUGCAAACUCUCGUAUGAACUUGUCGAGGAUGUAAUCAAUGCAAAUUUUGAUCAAUCAAGUCCUCCUGGCAGUUCAUGUCCUCAAUUGCAUGGACGGUUUGAAUGGAAAGACGUUGUCGAUGCACUUAGAGGCCUCCAUAUGAUCUCUAAGACACUGAAGGAAAUGAGGUUUAAAGAUGGGGCUCUUUGGCUUAAUAACACUAAGCUUGUGUUCAUGUUUGACGAGUGCGGGACCCCAUAUGAUAGCUAUCGAGAUGAAAGAAAGAGGGAGUCUUAUUCUCUUGUUGAGGAAUUUAUGUUAUUGGCUAAUAGGUCGGCUGCAGAAAUUAUAUCUAGGGCUUUUCCUGAUUGUGCUUUACUGCGUAGGCAUCCUGAGCCAAACUUAAGGAAGCUUAAAGAAUUCGAAGCAUUUUGUAGUCGACAUGGUUUCAAGUUAGACACUUCAUCGUCGGGUCAGCUCCACCUUUCACUAUCAAGAAUAAGAGAGAAGUUGAAAGACGAUCCUGUGUUGUUUGAUAUUCUUGUUUCAUAUGCUUCGAAGCCUAUGCAGUCAGCAACAUACUUCUGUACUGGCGAUCUAAGGGGCAAGGAAGACGAUUGGGCUCAUUAUGCAUUAUCAAUGCCCUUCUAUACACAUUUUACUUCCCCGCUAAGAAGAUAUCCCGAUAUAAUUGUCCAUAGGACACUGUAUGCAGCACUUGACGCCGAGGAACUUUAUGUAAAGCAAAACAAAGAUUUUCUGAGAGCAAAUAAGGGUGAAGCGGCUAAUUGUGAUGCUACAGGCAGGUUUUUUACUGGUCUUCAUUUCAACAAGGAUGCUGCUGAUUCUAAGGAAGGUAGAGAAGCACUAUCAGCUGCUGCUCUGAAGUUCAGAGUUCCUGGAAGCGAGGUUCUUGGGGAAGUUGCUGCACAUUGUAAUGAGAGAAAAUUGGCUAGCCGACAUGCUGAGGAAGCUGGAGAAAAGCUCUAUCUUUGGGCUUUGCUAAAGAAGAAAGAGAUCCUAGUUUGUGAAGCCAGAGUUCUAGGACUUGGACCAAGGUUCAUGUCAAUUUACAUUCACAAGCUUGCGAUUGAGCGGCGAAUUUACUAUGAUGAAGUUGAAGGCUUAGCAGUUGAGUGGCUAGAAACCACGAACACAUUAGUAGUAGAUGUAGUGAGAAAUAAACCCUUUCAGAAAAAGGGUAAGCCCCAAAACUAUCAAACAAUCGAAGAUGUUGCUAUGGUGUUGAACCCAUCAGACUCGAUUUCUUCAGAGAAGGGUAAGGAAUUGCUAGUGACUGAAACAGAACCAGCUGUCUUUCCCCUUGUAUUGCGCCAUUUAUUGGCCGUCCCUGUGGCUCUUCAUGCUAUUGGCGGCGACGAUGGCCCGCUGGACAUCGGGGCAAGAUUAUACAUGUCAUCCUACUUCAAGUAAGUUUUUAAUUGCUGGGCGGUGAUUCAAAUAGUUGCGAGGAAUGAUAGAGAAUGGGCUACUGAACCGCUGCUACCUACGAAAUCGGUUUCUUCUUGUCGAUACGAGAUACUUAAUUCGUGUAUAGUUUGGUGUUUUUUUAUCUGGUUUUGCCUUUAAUAUGGAGGUGGCCAAGCAACCAAGUACCAUUUUGCCAUUUUGUGUUUUUUCUUUACCCCCACGAAGGUGCUUGGUUCAAGCUGGCUUUGGCAUUGUAGAUCUUUGUCAACCUGGCCUCUACUUUUGUUUGCGCAUAAAAAAUACAAACACGAACAAAUGAAAAGUGAGGCCCAUCUAUGUUUUUGACUGGUGGGCUUCACAGGUGGUGUUUUCAGAAGACCAGUUUAGCUGGUUACAUGUAUUAGGCAUCGCAGACUCAAAUCUCGAAAACUAUUUUUCUUCCUUUUUCUUUUCUUUCUACCUAUAUGUAAGUUCUUUCAAUGUUCUCAUUGAGAACGACAAAAUUUCUUUGAUGUAUCUGAUUUUGUUGUGUUUAUCCGAUAUUCAAGUUCUUUUGGUCUUCGUGCUGAAAAA